CCAUUUUGUUCACAUGAUAGCAUUCUGACGAAUCAUAAAAGAGCAGUCACACAUUUUUAACGAUACAAUAUUAUAGUGUACAAAUCGCGCAUUCAUGAAUUCACUUAUUUUAUGCAAACGCCGACACUGUUUCAAUAUACUUCAUUUUGAACAAUGGAAGCGAUUUUGUUUAGGCGUGAUCCAACAGAUGCUGGUGAUUUUGAGAUAAAUUUGUGAGAUAGAUUGAGUAAAGACCGCAAAUUGCAACAAUGUCCGCUGCUGAUGAUGACGAUGAUUUCUGUUUCGGACAAAAGGAGCCGCCGUUGGUAGACUAUGUAAAACAAAUUCUUCGAAAUUACACGGAGGGUCAAUUACUAAAGGAGCUGACACAGAAUGCAGAUGAUGCUUGCGCCACCACAGUACGAUUUUUGUACGAUGGCCGGCAGCACGGCACAAAUAACCUGUAUUGUGGUGAAGGGAUUGGUGAUUUGUCACCAUACCAAGGACCAGCUUUAUGCGCAUACAAUGAUGCAACAUUCAUGAAAAAGGAUUGGACAAGCAUACAGAAUUUGUCAAGAUCUGAAAAGAAGGAUGAUCCAACUAAAGUGGGUCGCUUUGGGAUGGGAUUUGUGUCUGUGUAUCACAUGACAGAUAUGCCUAGCAUUGUAAGCGGAAACUACCUUGCAUUUAUGGAUCCUAGCGAGACAUUGUUCAUUUACAAUGGAAAAGUUCAGCGAGGACGAAAACUAGACAUCCACAAAAGGGCAAGUGUUUUUAAGGAUCCUAAAUUCUCUGACCAGUUUAAACCAUACAAGAACUUAUUUAAAGAUCAACUAGGCCUGAUCGAAGGGCAGUUUUUUACUGGAGCGAUGUUUCGAUUCCCUCUCCGAAGAAAACGUUCAGUUGUCUCAGAGAAUGUGAUAAAUGGUGACGAUGUGAAAAGGCUCUUUGAUUUAUUUGUCGAUGAUGCAAAAAUUCUACUAUUGUUCUUGAAAACUAUACGUAGUAUAACGGUCGGAGAAAUUCUCACCGACAAAGAAGUUCCUUUAUUUUCUGCUAGCAUUUCUGGUAGAACUACAGACAUAGUUCAGAAAUCAAGGGAAGACAUAGUGACAGCAAUUAAGAGGAGUAAACAGCUACAAGGCAAUGAAUACACAUCUUUUUCGACAAUAUUUCCAAUGCAUGUUGAAGUUGUAGAAAAUUGUUCAACGCCUGCUGAAUACAAAUGGAUGAUUAGCAUCUAUUUGGGAGGAUCGGAUAUUACAUCCGAAUUACUUACAUUGGCAAAAGAACAUGAUCGAUUGCCAUUGGUAGGAGUAGCUAUGCGGACAUUUAGUGCAAAAAAUUGCGUUGGGGCAUCAUCACUGCUUGAAGGUAGGACUUGUUGCUUUCUACCACUUCCACCAUCCGAAAACAAUAGCGGGUUACCUGUACACGUAAAUGCCGAUUUUGGUGUUAGUGAUGACCGACGCACAAUCAAAUGGCCAGUUGAAGAUCGUAAUGAUAAAAUGUCAAAAUGGAACAAGCUUCUCCUUCAGCAACUUUUCCCAAAAGCGUACACUCGACUUAUACUUCAUGCAAUAAAGCAGUACAGUACGAGAGAGGUUUCUGUCGAUUGCAUCUACCAGACAUGGCCUGAUGUGGACAAAGUGAAAUUCCCAUGGAAGGAGCUAAUGUGUCCUGAAUUGUUCAAUGUUCUGCUAAAAGAAGAUGUGUUCUUCAGUGAAAUUGAAGGUGGUAAGUGGUUAAAUAUAAACACAGCCAUAUUUGAUCUCCCUGAGGACACUCAAAAGAGAACGGAAGAAUUUAUCGUGAGACUACUAUUAGAGUGCAACGUACCCAUUGUCUCUACCAGAAAUCAUCCACACGUCAUGAAGGCUAUUCAGACACAUAGUGAUUACACGAUUCAGUGGAUCACCCCUAGUCUAGUUCGAAGCACCCUACGAAAUGUCCCCCUAGGCAAUCUAGACCGCAGUAAGAAGAUCACUUUAUUGGAAUACUUACUAGACGAUGAGAAUAACUUUGCUGAUCUUUACAAUUUCGAACUUCUGCCCCUUGCUGAUGGAUCUUUUUGUAGAUUCGCAUCUGGAAUGGUCACCAAUCCCAUUUUCUUCUCAGCAUCCCACGAGUGUUCAAUGGAGUUAUUACCAGGCCUACGUCACAGAUUUCUUAAUGAGGAAAUAGAAACCUCGCUAAGGAUGAAGAUAAUCACUGGAAGCAAAAAGACAGGUGAGAUUUAA